AUGUUCCAGACUGGAGUCCACUUUUGUCUCAAUCUCCUGUUGUCAGAUGAACUGGCUGAAAUCUGUCAAUAUGACCUAUUCUAUGAGCAACCCACAAAGCUAUGUCUUGAACAGGGCCACUUCCGUCUAAUGAUUGCUCAAGUCUGUUGUAACUUGGGCUUGGACGAGCACAGGGCGAACCAUUCGACUUUGCGGAGAUUGAACCAUUGCUAG